UCAAAAGCCAUGUCCCGUCAUGCUUUGCGCCAGCCAAUGUGUGCAUGACUCUUUCCCGCGGAAUCGACGAAGUCGGUCAAAUAUUAAGAAGCAAAAUGCGACCAAAGAAGAAGGAAAAAGUCUCAAAGGAAGAGAAGAAGCCCCAAUUUGAGCAAAUCCAAGCCGAUCAUGAGUUAUUCCUACAAGCAUUUGAGAAACCGACUCAGAUCUACCGCUAUCUGCGCACCAGGAACCUGAUCGCGCCCGUAUUUCUCAACAGAACUCUCACUUACAUGAAAGAUCGGAAUACGAGAACUAACAAAGACAGGGAAACAUUCAAAGUUGACAGUCUCCUUGAAAAAGUGGAAGCUAAGCAAAAUCAAACAACACCUCACAAUUAUAAGACAGAAUACAUGAGUUUUACAUUUACUGGGUUCUAUGAUAAACAAGAAAACUUUGCCUCGGAUACAGUAGAUGUGGAAGCAUUCCUAGUCAAAAUAUGCCAUAAAAAGAGGAAGGAUGUCUCCUCUCCAGUGAUGCAGGUUAGCAUAGGCACUGUCCAGGUGCCGGUCAAUCCACACCAGCGGUCACCCAGCAAGGCCGCAGCAAUAUCAGUGGCUAGUGAGAAGUUUAAUUACAACAAUGGUCAUGCUGUGAAGUCAUACAUGUUGCUGAUUAAAGUGACAGUUAAAGGGUCUCAUUCAUGUAACGGCAGUGUUUCACAUUCUCCCUCCAGUGAACCUCCUACAAAGAGAAGAAAAAAUGGGAAAGUUUCUGACAUGGAUGGAACAGAAUUGAUUUUUGGUGCAGAACUUGUUAUAUAUGAUAAACAUAAACGGUGCUUGCUCACUGACGGUGACUAUGAAUUAGCAUUAACUGAUCUUACCUCAAGGAUGUCUCCAAAGAAACAAGCUACAUGGGAGACAGUUAUGGAUGGGAAGGCAGUGGGACCAUUUGAAGUGUUCAGUAUCUGUCCAACACUCAAAUUUAAACUGUUGUGGAGCGAGGCCCCAGUUAACGGACCGGUCAGCCCUCCUUCUCCACUGGUGUCAGACUCUGAAUUCCUCCACAACAAUCAAUACAAUGAUGCUAUUGACAACAGAAUUACCUCAAGAGAGUCGAGUCCAGAAAAGAAGACGAAGAAUGGCCUCCUUCCUCCAGCCAAGAAGAAAACGAGGAUAUUUUAUCAAUUUUUAUACAACAACAACACGAGGCAGCAAACGGAAGCUCACGAUGACCUGCGCUGCCCCUGGUGCUCAAUCAACUGUUUGCAGCUUUACUGCCUUCUACGACAUCUCCGUCUGUGUCAUGCAAGGUUUAACUUUGUGUUUGUGCAUCAUCCGAAAGGUGCACAGAUCAACGUCUCAAUCAAUGAAGGUUAUGAUGGCUCCUACCUUGGUAAUCCUCAGGACCUCCACUCACAUAUAGGUUACGCCUUUUGUAGACAGGGACCAGUACGGAGAACGCCUGUGACACAGGUCUUAGUGUACCGACCGACCAGACCAAAGUUCAGCCUUCUAGAAUUCAUGGAAAGUGAAGAAAGUGAUCCUCACAAUACAAGGCAGCUAGCACAAGGUCACAACAGACUGUAUUACCAUACAGGGACAUGUCAGCCCGUCCGUCCACAGGAGAUAGACGAAGACAGUGAAUCUGAGAAUGAUCCCAUGUGGUUGAGGGAAAAAACCAUUCAGAUGUUGGAUGAGUUCACAGAUGUUAAUGAAGGAGAAAAAGAAAUAAUGAAGAUGUGGAAUAUACACGUGAUGAGAAAUAACUAUAUAGCAGACUGCCAGUUCACCACAGCCUGUCAGACAUUUGUAGCAGAGCAUGGUGUUACCAUUGUGGAGAAGAAUCUGUGUAGGAACUUCCUUCUCCACAUGAUCAACUUGUAUGACUUUGGUCUCAUCAAGCCCGAAAUCAUCACACAAACCAUGAUGAGCAUUAACAGAAUAAAAGAUGAGAUUACAUCUUAGCAGUGCUAUGGAAGGCUUCACCUGGGGCACACCCAAUGCAGUGUCUAACCAGAUGUCACACCCAACACAUUCACACCUAACACAAUGCGAUCUCUACCAGGAGACAAUAUGGGAUGGAAUUGUUAAAAUUUAGUGCUAUGUCAGUCUUCUCUUAUAAAUUGAUAAUGGUGCAUAUAGGUAGAGUUAGAAUUGUUAGAAGACCUUUGUGGUAGGUGUGGCAUUGUUUUCCGAGUGUGAGCUUUCAGCACAUUCCUACCUGAACAACCAAAAUUAUGCAAGAGAAUUCAGGGACACCAUUUGCUUGAUGGAAAACUGAGAGUUACUAGUUUCAUCUGUGGGUGUACUGUAUCGGAAUUGCUGCUGUCUGUUGGCAGACUGAAAACUUUUGCCAUUCGAGAAACUUAGCAGAAUUUGACAGUGGACUGUGUGAAGUAGUUAAGCUUUAUUAAUUAGGGUCUAAAGGGAAUAUUUUAUUAGGGAAUGUUGUCAACAUAAGGCAUCUUCAUGAGAAAAAGAAAAUAAUCAGGAUAUACCUUCCAUUUGAUGCAAUAAGCUGGUCAUAACCCUAUAAAGUCUUGCUGCAAUGAAAUUGUAGCAAUGAAAUCUUCAAUAAUCGAUUUAACUAGUUUAAACUAGCAAAAAGUAAUUGAAUUUGACAUGUUGCAUGCCUGGUAUAUUGUGUUUUUUUGCACCCAGGACUUUUUACUGUUAUUAAUGUUUGCACAUUUAGAGCAAACUUGACAGAGCAGGAUAGAUCACUUUGCUAAUUAGCAUAAAUGUUUGCUCACACAAAACUCAUUUUGUUAUUAGCUCAAUGGGUGUGAUAUCCAGCCAUAUCCACAAAAACCAGCAAAGAAUUGACAAAAAUUAACUGUUUUUUUUUUCUUCAUUUCAUUUCCUUUUAAUGUCCAAUGUAGCUUGAUGUAUGUAUUUGUAUGGGCGUGUCAGACUGUAUAUACAAUUUAAGGUGGGGCCCCUGUUAAGCAUAUGCAUAAAAAGAAGCCAAUAGAAACUUGUCUCAUUUCUAAUUUUCAAAAAAUAUUUGCGAUUUUUUAAAAACUUUCGUAACUGGGCUAUUUUUGGACAGGACAAAUGUAGUAUUUUUGUGUCAAAGUGGAAUACUUGUGGGAAAAUGUUUAAAAAAUGCAUUUCUAGCAUUUUGCUUGGAGGGCCAAAAGAUAAAGGCCAAAUAGAAUAUGUGGUAUGAUAUUCUAUUAGACAAGUGGAGUGUACAGUUAGGUACAGCAGUGUAAGAUAAAUAGAAUUUCCAGAAUUAUUUGUAUUGGGUUACAUGUGCUGAAUUGUUGUGAAAGUGUUAAUGUUACAAAAUGUCGUGUUGUUAACUUGGUUGCAAUAUAUUUAUACCUCAUAGAAAUAACACAAGGGGCCUUAGAUGAGAACAAUGAUAAAGGUAAUUGUAAUAGAACCUCAAGAUGAGCUUUGUACCAGCAGACAGUGACCGGUAAAAUUAACUUUGUAGGUCAUGACUUCUUGUUAAUUUGUUCUGAGUAACCCGCUUCAAAAACAGGUGAAUUUAGCAAACGGCUAGUUGGUGACAAUCUUUAGUUAACAGUAACUUUGCAAAACCAGAGUGACGUGACAGAGGCCCAUUCAGAAUAUGGCACUAACUAGUCUGAGGGUCAAAUAUGGCGACCCAUUCCAAAGCUUGCUGUUUAAUCCACAAAUAGGCACUGAAUACAUAUCCCGUGGAAAGUAUUCAAGUGGGUCGGCCAUAUUUGACCCUUGGACUAGUUGGUCCCCUAUUCUGAAUGGGCCUAGAGUCCCCCCCCAUUAAAGAGAGUCCGUUUCUUGUUAAUUUGCACAGGUAAGCCUCGUCAUAGUUUGAUCCACUUACGUCAGGCUAACCCUAACCUGUAUAAUUAAAUGAAGGCUGGACUCUCUGUUACGAGGACCCACAGUUUCGUCACACCGGUCCUUGCUCUUCUGUGAACAGUCUCACUCUGCUGUGGACAAAGUGGGUAUGUCUGUAUUGUGUUAGGUGUGACACCAUUGUGUUAUUUUAAGAUGUGAAUGCAAGUAAUCUCUUCUCCAUGACGAUGCAACUCCAACGCGGCCAUUUUGAUUAUUUGUAAUCGGCAGGUAAAUAUUUCUGAAACAAAAAUAUUCCAGCAACCCACUGCCAUUUCUGUAUCAAUUGUACAGUGUUUGUUAUAUAUUUUUAUUGAAAUAAAGUUCGGA